AUAACAGCAUAUUAAAAGUAUUUACCAUCUAAAAAUGUGUAUUUAAUGCUUAACCUUUGAUUACAUGCAAUUAUAACUAACUGUGUUUAUCAAAUAUAUUCAACAACAUUAUCAUCAAUUUAUACCAAUUAAGCGUCGUGAACAACAGUAUUUUUUCACAUUCGGGCUAAUUUUCUCACAAUUUCGAAUUCAGGUGACGUAAUCAGGUGACGUAAUUACCCUAUUCGCUUGAAGUUACGUCAUUUGAAGUUACUUCAUUUGAAGUUACGUCAUUUGGCGCGAUGGCGAAGGGCGUUGCAACGUUCGGCUUCGAAAUUCCCGAGGAGCAAGAAGUAGACAAGGCGGAGCUGCUCCGACAGCGAAUCACGGCCAACAUCGGUGCUCUUUCGGGUUCCGAGUACGCGAAGGAGAUGCUUCGGAAGUUACGACACAAGAAAAAACUGACCGGAAAGGCGGCUCUGAUCGGAGCUCAACUGGUGAGUGCUCUGAUUGCAGACCUUUUCGGCAUCAACAUAGACCCCGUGGCCGCUCUUCGCCUGUUCGGAAACCGCUUCUCGGACAUCAUGGGGGACGAGGCGGAGGAGUACGAGUGGUACAUUGACCCCGAGACGGGCGAACCCAUGCGGAGGCGCAAACGGAAACAGUUUCCAAGACUGGAAAUCGAAGUCGAUAAAAAGACCAAAAAGAUGUUCGUCAUAGCCGAGACAAAAGAAAAACUAGAAUUGUUCUUUGACGAAGCAACCGUAUCGGCAGAGUACCCCAAGGGAAAACUGAUGUUUCGGACUAAGUCUGGAAAUAUCUUUGAAGUUCCGGACAACAUGGAGAUAUGGGAAGACCCGCUCACUGGAAAAAUGUGGCUUCAGGAGAAACGAAACCUGGGAAUGGAAGUUUUCGUCGAUGAAGAUGGACGAAUGUUUUUCCGAACCAAAGAUGGAAAACUUAUGGAAAUUAUUAAAGAUCCAGUGACGGGUAAAAUCUAUCUAAGAACCGAGUCUGGAACCCUCAAAGAGAUGCCUGGGAACAUGGAAGUGUACGUAGAUCCUUUGACCGGAAAACUUUACUUCGGAGAAAAACCACCUCAGCCUAAAAUGGAAGUUUUCUACGACGAAAAAACAGGCAAACAGUACAUAAGAACAGAAGACGGUCAGCUUUUAGAAGUUGUUGUCGGAGAGGACGGUAAAAUCUAUUUGCGGAGUGAAAGCGGCACUCUUCGAGAGCUUCCACCGGGAAUGCAACUUUACACCGAUCCGAAAACAGGGAAACUCAUCGUCGGCACCGCACCACCUCCCGAAGACCCGCGAGCCGAAGUUAUCAUCGAUCCCGUAACGGGAAAGCAGUUCAUCCGGACAGCAAGUGGGAAACUCCUGGAAUUAGUUCAAGGCGAAGACGGUAAAAUGUAUCUAAGAACCGAAAGUGGAAACCUUAGAGACUUACCACCCGGAGUUGAGGUAUAUCGAGAUCCUCUAACUGGUAAGCUUUAUGUCGGGAAUCCACCUCCAGACAACAGCGAUUUUCUAGCUGAAGUUUUUGUAGACCCAGUUACUGGCAAGCAGUACAUCAGAACCCAGUCUGGAAAUGUUCUAGAACUUUUUCAAGGGGCCGACGGGAAAACAUACAUCCGAACGAAGUCUGGAAACUUGCGAGAGCUGCCAUCGGAUAUGAUGUUGUACACGGAUCCUGUCACUGGGAAGUCUUACAUUGGUAAAAAGGCAACCGGGGAUCAGGGAAAUGAAUUAAUCGUUGAUCCAGUCACUGGAAAAACAUUCAUGCGGAUGCCGGAUGGAAGUUUGGCCGAGGUGGUCUUUGACGAGGCAACAGGGAAAAGGUACUUGAGGACUAAGAGUGGACGUCUACAGGAGUUGGGCAACAUGGAAGUUUACACUGAUCCAGUUACUGGCAAGACCUAUCUCAGGAGCACUAAAGACCCUGGGUUCGAGCUGACAGUUGACCCCCUCACUGGCAAGAUGUACAUGAGGACGAAGGACGGGGAGGUUGUGGAGGUGGUGAGAGACGAGGCCACUGGCAAACUAUACAUCCGCACCAAGUCAGGCAGACUGAAGGAACUAGGGGACCAUUUGGAGAUGUAUGUUGACCCUAUUACCGGCAAAAUGUACCUGGGCGAAAGACGUAACCCGGGUAUGGAGGUAUUUGUCGACCCAGAAACGGGGAAAACAAUGGUGCGAACAGCCGACGGUAAAUUACUCGAAAUGUACACUGAUCCGAAAACAGGCAAAAAAUACCUCCGAACGCUCUCGGGUCGAAUUGUGAGUGAAGUUGACGACAACAUGAUUCUGUACACCGAUCCGAACACUGGGAAAACCUAUCUUACCACGAGAAGUGGAGCACCCGGCGAAUCUGUUUUCGUGGACCCCGAUACGGGUAAAACGUACAUCCGAACCAAGUCGGGUCGGAUAAUUGAGAAGGAUCCGCCGGAGAAAAUGGACGGAGACUUGUGGAUAGAUCCUGCCACGGGGAAGAUGUACAUCAGAACCAAAUCGGGAAGACUAAUUGACCCCCCAGAGGGGUCAGAGGUCAUCAAAGGCCCUGGUGGUAAAAUGUUUCUCAAAACCAAAUCUGGCAGACUCAUAGAAGUGGGAAAAGGGGAUGUCGAAAUAUUCGUGGACCCAAUAACGGGCAAGACAUUUGUGAAACAAAAGGGGACAGACGGAAACAUUCUCACCGACCCUACAAGUGGAAAAAUGUACAUGCGAACUGCAUCGGGGAAAAUGGUCGAGCUCGUCAGCGAUGGGAGCGUCCUUUUCGACCCGGCAACGGGGAAAAGCUACAUGCGGACUAAGUCUGGAAAAAUUCUGGAAAUUGACGACAACGCAGAAAUUAUGAUCGACCCGCUGACUGGAAAGUUAGUGAUGCGAACUAAAAGUGGACGACUUCACGAAGUCGCAAGUGACGUCAACGUUUUCGUCGACCCGAAAACUGGUAAAACAUACAUGCGCACCGCUUCCGGAAACUUCGUCGAGAUUGACCCAGACGCUGAGUUUGAAACCGAUCCAGUCACUGGAAAACUGUUUAUGAGAACUAAGAGUGGUCGACUUAUUGAGAUGGCCUGUGAAAUGGAAGAGUUCACUGACCCCGUGACUGGAAAGAAAAUGUUGCGACCCAAAGGGUUCCCAGGGUUGAAACUCUACGUAGAUCCAGAAACGGGCAAAACUUAUCUGAGACAUGAGAAUCUGGAUAACGUAGAUCUGGAUAAACUGACUCCGGCUGAGAGGGCGAGAGUGUUGGCGCUUCGACAGAGGAAGGGUCUUAACGAGGCUCUGGCUAAAGCGGACAAUGACCUCAUGGCGAAGCUGGAGGCAGAAAGACGUCGAAAGGCAGAGGCGGAGGCGCGAAGAUACUACGAGGAGGUGACCAAAAAAGAGAUCGAGCGGAAAGUGCAGGAGCUGCGGAGACAGUGGGAGGUGAUGCAGAAGAAGGCGGAGGCGGUGCAGAUGGCCGAGAUGGACGCCUUCGCUGACUCACUCAGACAGGAGCUGCACUUCCUAACUGUCAAUCAGAAUCUAUCCAGGACAUUCGUCUUCUCCUAUUUCCAGGGGGUGGCUGAAUAUCUGGAGGAGCAGUUUGCAGCCGAGGGGGGAGAGGGGGAAGAAUGAGAGUGUGAAUUUGUGUCCCGCUCUGUCUGUUUGACAGAAAAACUUGCAAAGCUAUUUUUUUGCUUUAUUUUGUAGCAGCCUUACAGAAUCACCUUUCCUACUAUUAUAAUUGAGGUUCCACUCGUUUUUUAAUUAGUUACUUUGUUGCAAAUAUAUUUGUUGUAUGAUAGCUUUUAACAAAUUUUUCGGACAACGUCUUAAAUUUCUGCAAUAAUUCUGACCUUCAGAC